AUGAGUUCUGGUUUAAAUUUGUCCUCAUUGAAGGAUAAAAUAUUCAGUAAAUUAAAUUUACAGAAAGACAACCAAACCAAAUCACAACAAAAAUCAAAGAAAGCAAGUUCAAAUGACAAAGAGAUACAAAAAGAUAAAAAGAAACCAGCAACACCAGCAAAAGCAAACGCCAAAAAAACUAAAGGAGUUGAUGAAAUAUUGCGUCGUGAGGCAUUAGCAUUGGGUGCUACUGACGAAGAUUUGAAGCUAGUAGAAGGUAUCGAAAGUGACGAUGACAAAAGUGAACAGGAAUUUGACGACGACUCGAAAUUGGACAAGAAUUUUAGUGCUGAUUUGAGUAAGUUCAUGAAAGGGAUAGGUUUGGGAGAAGAAGAAGCUAUGGUAGUGAGUGAAGAAGAAGAAGAAGAAGCUAUGGUAGUGAGUGAAGAAGAAGAAGAGGAAGUUCCCGAGCUAGUCGAAGGAGAAGAGGAGGAAGAAGAAAAAGUGUCAGAAGAUGAUGUUGUUGAGGAGGAGGAGGAGAGCAUCAGCGAGAAAGAGAGUGAAUCAGAAGACACUUCAGAUUCUGAGUCUGAAAAAGAGGUUGUUGUUAAAGAGGCAAAAAUUGAUAACAAAAAGUCCAACCAGGACCCUGAUAAGGUGACAGAUCUUUCAUCAGUGUCAAGUUCCAAGUUGAUUGUUCCUAAUAGAACAGAUUGGUUUAAUAUUGUCGAAGUCCCAGCAGAAACACCAGAAAAAUUGGACAGAUUUGCCAGAGAAAGAUUAUUGGAAAGGGCACAAAAAACCAUCGAAAAGGAUAAUAAAACUUACUUGGAAGAAUUUGCCUCAAACACUUCACAAAAGAAGUUCUUGUCUCAAAUCUUGUCUGAUGGUACUUUGAAUGAUAAAAUUUCAGCAUUGACAUUAUUGAUUCAGGAAGCACCUUUACAUAACUUGAAAGCUUUGGAUACCUUAUUGGCAUAUUGUGACAAAAAAUCAAGAACAGCUGCUUUGCAAUCUAUUGUUGCAUUAAAGGAUUUGUUUGUUAAUAGUUUGUUACCCGAUCGUAAGCUAUUUGCGUUUGACAAACAACCAUUAAGAAAAGAUGAUAGCGAUAUUCAGUUGGCCAUAUAUUAUUUUGAAGAUCACUUGAAAAAAGUGUACUUCAAAUUAAUCCAGAUAUUGGAAAAGUUAUCUCACGACCCUAUAGUACAUGUGAGAAUGACAGUUGUGAAUCAUAUUUUUGACUUGUUAGGUGCUAAGCCGGAACAAGAAGUUAAUUUGUUAAAGUUGGGUGUGAACAAAUUAGGUGAUAUUGAUAAUAAAGUGUCUGCCAAGGCUUCCUAUUUGAUUUUACAGUUGGAGCAAGCCCAUCCAGCUAUGAAACAAAUUAUCACCGAUGCUGUUAUUGAUGUUAUUUUCCAAAGCAAUAAUGACGACCACGCCAAAUACUAUGGUGUCACAACCUUAAAUCAAACCAUUUUAACCCGAAAGGAACAUGAGUUAGCCAAUUCUUUGGUGAAGACCUACUUUGCCUUAUUUGAAAAAAUUUUGGUGGAAAGUGAUGGAUACAAUAAAGACACUAAAGACGAUAAAUCUAUUGGUGACUCCAAAAAGGGUAGAAAGAAUAAUCGUAAGAACUUCAAGAAAGGUAAGAAAGGAGGUAAGUCCGUUAAAAUUGAAGAGAAGACUGAACAAGAACUCGUUGAAGAAAAGAAUGCUAAAUUUUUCUCAGCCUUACUUACCGGGUUGAACCGUGCAUUCCCAUUUUCAAAAUUGCCCAACGAAAUCUUCCAAAGCCAUUUGGACACUUUGUUUAAAAUCACACACAGUAGUAAUUUUAACACUUCGAUUCAAGCAUUGGUUUUGAUUAAUCAUAUAGUGUCUGAACAAGGUUUAAAUUCUGAUAGAUACUACAGAACAUUGUAUGAAUCAUUAUUGGAUCCUAGAUUGGCUAAUUCGUCGAAACAAGGAAUUUACUUGAAUUUACUAUUUAAAUCAUUGAAAAACGACAUUGCUAAUAUACCAAGAGUAUUGGCAUUUGUGAAAAGAAUGUUGCAAAUAUGUUCACAUUGGUUGAAUGUUGGUGCUGUUGCAGGUAUGUUAUACUUAAUGAUGGAGUUAUCGAAAACAAUCCCUGAAAUUUCUGAUUUAUUAGUAGAAUUUGCUUCCAGACCAGACGAUACAGAAGAAUCAUCAGAGAAGGAUACCGAAGAAGUUGAUAAAACCAAGGAUGAAAACAAAGACAUAGAGUAUGACCCAAGAAAACGUAAUCCUAAAUUUGCUAAUGCCAAUAGAUCUUCUUUAUGGGAAAUACACCAAUUCUUAAAUCAUUAUCACCCAACAAUCGCUAUUUAUGCAUCUUCGUUCUUGGAUGGAACAGAACAAGUUAAACCAGAUUUGGGUUUAUACACCUUAUCCCAUUUCUUGGAUCGUUUUGUUUAUAAAAAUGCUAAACAAAAACCACAAACAAAAGGUUCAUCUAUUAUGCAGCCUUUGGGUGGUGCUCAUACAGGAUCUUUGUUGGUCCGAUCUACUAAUCUUGUCGAUACCACAGUUCCCGUGAAUACUGAAAACUGGCUUGGUAAGAAGAUUGAAGAUAUCAAACCAGAUGAAAAAUUUUUCCAUCAAUACUUCAGUACUAAAGUUAACAAAUUAAAGACCAAGAAAGAUGAUAAGAAAUCAAAGGAAGAAGGUGAUAAUGAUGAUGACGAGGAAGACGAUAAUGAAAUGGAUGACGACGAAGUCUGGAAAGCUUUGGUUAAAUCGCGUCCAGAGGUAGAGGAUGCUUCCGAAGAUGACUUUUCAGAUUUUGAUGAAGAAGAUUUUGCUGACAUGGAUAGUGAAGAAGAGAAUGAAGAAGAUGCGAACGAAGAAAAAGAGGAUGUGGAAGGUGAAUUUAGUGAUGCUAAACUUGAAGCAGAACUUGAUGGUGACGAUGAUGAAGAAUUAGAUCAAGAUGAUUUUGAUGAUGAUGAAAAGGCCAUGUUUGCAAUUAACGAUGAAGAUGAGUUUGAAGAUGACGAAAUAGAGUUGAAGAUGUUGGGAGAUGACGACGAUGAUGAAGAAGAAGAAUCUGAAGAAGAAGAAGAGGAAACGAAAAAACGUGCAAGAGAAAAUGAUUCACAUUCAAAGAAAAAGUCAAAGAAACAGAGAGUGAAAGAUUUACCAAUAUUUGCUUCUGCUGAAGAUUAUGCAGAAUAUUUGGACUCUGACAAUGAAUAA